AUGGCUUCUCGACGAUCUAGCUCAGGCCGCGGCCGCACCCGCGGCGUCGCCCGUCCGUCGCAGCAGCCGAACCUCAACCCUUCGGCGGAAUCUUUCACCCCCGUCAUGGCCACGCCCUCCCUCUACUCUCCACCUCCUCCAGUCCAUCAUCACGGCGAGCUGGCCUACCACCAGUUCGUGGCCGCAGAGGCUGCAAGAAUGUACGCCCAAGCUCGGAUGCCCGAGGCCAACGAUCUCCCCGGCCAGCUGGCCGUCAAAAAGAAGCGUCGCGUCUCCAUCGCCUUUGGCAGCCAGUCGGAGAACGCACCCUCCCGCUCAGCCUCGGCGCCCAACCCGACCACCAUCGUCGAUCGCAACCCUCCUCGAACCCCGCCGAACCAGUACGCCAGGCCCCAGACCGCCGCCCCCACGCCCCGCGCAUACUCGUUUGACGACGACGACGAGUUCUAUCCGGGUCCCGACCCGCGACUGGAUGAUCCCGGUCAGAGUCAUAAGGAGCUUGGUCGCGGUGGUGGCCAGUCCACCAAGAAGUGA